AGGCGCUGUCCCGCAAGCACUGGGUUCGACCGGUCUGGACCAAGCGAGCGGACGAAAGCGAGUUCUUCACAGCGAUGAAGCUCAUGAAGAACGGCGACGACUCGCUGUUCUUCAAGUUCUACAGGAUGUCGCCGGAGACAUUCGACGCGCUCCACGACAUGGUGCGGGACCGGCUGACGAAGGAAUGGGUCUGCCGAGAACCGAUUUCAUCUGGCGAGCGCCUCGCACUGACGCUGCGAUACCUGUCGUCCGGUAUGCUCGUGCGAGAUGCAGCAAUGGCCUUCAGAGUGGGGCUGGAGACUGCACGCAAGGCGAUCCACCUGACGUGCAAUGUGCUAUGGGAGGUGCUGUCCCCUGUGUACAUGAAGCCUCCAACAGAGGGAGAAUGGAGGGACAUCGCCGCAGGAUUUGGCAGUCGCUGGCAGUUCCCGCAUUGCCUGGGUGCUGUGGACGGCAAGCACGUGAGGAUUAGAUGUCCAAGAAAGGCUGGGAGCCUGUACUUCAACUAUAAGGGCACCCACUCCAUUGUCCUCAUGGCUGUGGCAGACAGCCAGUACCUGUUUCGCCUUAUUGAUGUGGGCGCACCUGGGAGGUUUAGUGAUGGUGGAAUUUUCAAAGAUUCCCCCAUUGGCAAACGACUGCACGAGGGCAAGCUCAAUCUGCCUCGGGCAGCUAAGCUACCAGGCUCCGAGAGAGUUUGCCCUCAUGUGUUUGUUGGCGAUGAAGCCUUCCAGCUGCGCCCCGACUUCAUGCGGCCACUACCGGGCACCCGGACUAAAGCUGAGGAGAUCAUCUUCAACUACCGCCUCAGUCGUGCCAGACGAUGUAUAGAGAACGCCUUCGGGAUUCUCGUUUCCCGCUGGCGGAUAUACGAGAGGCAGAUGAACCUGCAGCCGGAAAAUGUGGAGAGUGUUGUGAAGGCAACCUGCGUACUUCACAACUUCUUAUCCGUAACGUCCAGCGCUUCAGCGACCUACUGCCCACCUGGAUAUGGAGACUGCCAGGACAUGUUCGGGUGUGUCCGUGACGGCACUUGGCGACAAGGGGCGGCAACUGCUGCUGUGUUCGGUUUGCAGGGAGCAAAGGCCCGCAACUGCACAAAUGCUGCUAAUUCGGUGCGCAAGCAGUUCAUCGAGUACUUCAAGGAUGAAGGGCAGGUGUCUUGGCAGUGGGACCUGCCAGGGGUGACAAGCUUGUAGGAUGGUGUAGACCUGGCCGCCUCAAGGCCAAGAACACGUGCUGCUGGACUCCAUGAAGAACCCAACAGCCCUCUUCAGGGCUACCUACUUAAUGCUUUGGCAGCGAGCCGCUGGAUUUACGAUAUUCUGUUCUGUGGCCCUUCUGUGCAUUUCAUUUCGUAUUGCUUAUUUCUGGAAUGCGGUGAUAUUGGUUAGGUGAACGAGUGCAAUUCAGUGUAGUUGUGUUAAAAAAUCAUUCAAGGAAGACAGGCAUUAUGAAGGUGGAACUAAAUUUUUUACUUGCGUUAUUUAGGUGUCUCGCAUCAUCGCAACAGUGACAAGUAUCUGAAAUUUCAUUUCGUUUAUUGGCCCGAACGCAUUACAAAACUUGCCUGAAUUUGACAUGGUAAACAGGAAGCACUAUAGUCGUAAAUGACAAAGACAAUGGUGUUCACAAGGUCCUGUGCAAGGAAACUGCGUGAAGGAAACAAAAGUAAUCAAUGCAGUGGUAACCUAAAAAGUAAGUGGGGUGGUCUGCUGGUCAAGUUGGUGCGUUGUGAAAGUGUGAUGGUUCCAGUAACACAAAAAAUAUGGCAGCACAAGUACAAGGAGCCAGCAGGACAAACACUGGCACAAGGAACUAAGAUUUAAAUCAAACAAUAUGCCCCCAAUGCCUGCCACGCAGGUGGUCAAUAUGGUAUCUUUAAUGCCUUGUUAAAAACACACACUCCUUUAUCGGUGAGUUGGACCAAAAACUAGUUAGGAAGGGUAAACUAGAAAAAUUUUCCAAAUAAUACCACAGGAAUGGCCUUAAUAUUGCCCAACAGUGCAUAUAUACAGCAAACCAUUACGGUCUACUUAAUAAGGCCUAGUUCACAUUAUCACAGCAUUACCAAAUUGGGAGAUGCAGUUCACGUGUACGAAGAAACAGGCGAGGCAAGGAAACAACACAGUAAUGGCCUUGCUAUUGCACGAAAGUGUACAUAUAAAGCACACCAUUACAGUGUACUUAAUAAGCCCUAGUUCACAUUAUCACAGCAUUACCAAAGUGAGAGAUCCAAUGACCGUAAUACUGCACAACAGUGCAUAUAUACAGCAAACCAUUACGGUCUACUUAAUAAGGCCUAGUUCACAUUAUCACAGCAUUACCAAAUUGGGAGAUGCAGUUCACGUGUACGAAGAAACAGGUGAGGCAAGGAAACAACAC